AGCAAGGAGCGGUGUUAACAGAAGGGGUCAAGUAACUGUACAUAAAAGGUGCGAAACAAAGUGUCUUCCGGGACAGAGUGUUAUGUGUGCGUGCGAAAAGUACAUAAUGUCCAUAAGGCAGACGCAUGAAUUGCGCUCUGCAGCAGAUUAGGUUGCGCGACAACGAAAUGCGGCUCGUAUCGUUCUUUUUCACGUGCAGUUCGGUCUUUCUGGCAAGUUCGUCGCGAUGCCCGGAAUCCAAGAAGCCGCAUCUCACGAGUUGUACAAUUUUCUACAAUUGUGUGAAUUUACCUGACGGCGGUUACGUGUGGAUACCGUCGAAAUGUACCGAAGGCUUGGUAUUUCAACCAUAUUUACGGAUGUGUGUGGUACCUGGUGAUACCUGGACGUGCGAUUGGACGCUUUCAACCGAGCAUACUUUCGUGACGAGCAAAUACGAGACACCCGCCGAACUUGUCGGAUAUCCAACGGAUACAAGCUCAUUAGGGUACACGCAGGAUCCUUUCUCCAAUGUAAUCGACUCAUCCUAUGUGAUCGAUAAUUUCUCUGAGCCGACGACCGAGGCAGUAACCGUGUAUCCUUUGAUCGAGUAUGAAGAAUCGGACGUAACGACGCGCGACAAUGAAGGUGUGAGAAAUGUGUCGUAUCAUAAGGAAGAGAAUUAUUUGUACGAAUAUUAUAUGAAUAAGCAAGUACCGUUGUCUCUAAUGGAAGAGUAUAAAAAUAUUAUAGAUAGUCAUUACAAAUGUCUAAAUGAAUUGAUUAAUCGGUUGCACAAUUACAAGAAGCUAUCUGCGAUAUCGAGUUCUCUGUCGAUACCUAUUAGAGAUAUUACGACUGAAAAACCGCCUAAAACUAUCGCCAUAUUUGCGUCUCACAAACGAAAACAUAAUAUAACGCUAAAUUAUUUCGUGCAAAGCUAUACCGAAGGAAACAUAAAAUUACAUGAUGAUAAGCCAACCGAAAUGAAAGAAGACAAGGGACCUCAAAUAAAUGAUAGUACGUCAACUCUAAAUAAUGUUGUUUCGACAGAGAACACUUUGCAGUUGCUAAUCGAUAGUUUGGAUUAUGACAAUAACAUAAUAAGGAUUAGUGAUAAUCUAGGAAACAAACAGUACCUGACAAUCGAUGAGUACAAGACCAUCGCUUCUCGAUUAACAUCACGAUUCAUUACCGUCGUAUCCUGUACGAAGAACGUUCGUCUGCCGAACAGAACCGAUUGUAACAGGUAUUACACGUGCGAUCCGAAAACGGCUUCCGUAGUGGAGUUCUCCUGUCCAUUACACACAGCUUUUAACGCGAACUCGCGAAUCUGCGAUAUCGAGAGCUCAAAAACGUGCGGAAAUAAACUUCCGGUAAAUGAGAUAUACGUUGAACAUCGUGAACAAACAACAACGGAUUUUGGCGAAAAAUUGACAAAAGAGGAGAAAUUGUGUCAGGAGCUCGGUAAAAUAAAGGAUCCCACUUCUGAUUCUCAUUAUUACAUCUGUUAUAGCAUAUCGGGGUCCGAAGACAUCAAAUCGAUUCGAAUGAGUUGUCCGAAUUCUUUGAUAUUUUGUCAAGACAAGAGAGUAUGCACUACUAGACGAUUGUGCGAUAUAUCGCGAUGAUGAUGAAUUGCAUGAAAAGCGUGCACAUUUCUUUUCCUUUCCUGUUUACCUUGAGU